GGCUUUGCUUUCCUCUCGCCCUCCCCUCAUACACCGUGUAUAUCCUUUGAACCCGGUCUAGUUCUCUUCCCCUUCCUCUCCUCCUCUCUUCCCUACUUCACAUUGUGUAGCUCGGGGUAACCUGCACUUGUUGCUCGGCCGCUGCGCCCACCAUCUGCUCAGCGCUAACUCCUACCAAGCAAACCUGCUCAAGCAUCAAGGGCAGCAUCGUCGCGGGCGGUCUCAAGCGCGCGCUACAUGGCAUGCUUCGGCUACAUGCCCGUGCCAGCCUGACACCGACGACGCCCUACUCCUCAAGAUCUACCGGUCGUUUAUCCUCGUCCUCCCCGUCAGCGGCCGGAUCGACAACCCACAAGAUCUACUCCCCCCGUCAACGGCUGCCUCGACAACCUCACUCGAUCUCCAUCUCCACUCCUCGCUGCGGCGUCCCCGACCUCACCACCAGCAGCCUCCCGACCGCUCCGCCUACUUCUCUGGCCAACGCCGCCAACUUCCUCCUGCCGGCGACCCGGCCUCACCUACGCCGUCAUCCCCCCUCAUUACCCACAGCGGCGCAAGGAGGUGCAUGCCGCAUUCUGCCGCGUCUUCCAGGUGAGUAAAGGAGGAUGGGAACAAGGGCACCGGCACGUACACCAGUAGCCAUGCAGGGUGGAGACUCCAGGGGGAAGGGUGCGUCAUUGCCAUACGAGUCAGUGGCUACGUUGGAGAUAUAUCAUAAUCACAAUAAGUCUGUUGUGAGACUGAGGAUCCUCAAACAAGAUUCCGAGAGGGGGCAGAAGUAUAGUUAUGGCACAGGAUUUAUUUCUCACAACAGUGCUCGUAAGCUUUUGAUAAUGACAUGUGCGCAUCUGUUUGGAGCUCGAGGUUGGGUUAAGGGAUCGCCAGUAGAGGUCACUUUUCACGACCAAAAGCGUGCGUUAGCUUACAUGAAGAUCUGUGUCGAGGAGGAAGAGGUUGCUAUACUUCAUGUUAGUCCCAUGGAUACCGAGUUACAGAAUGUGCGGAAGUAUCCCGUGGUAGAAUUUUUCUACACGGCUGUGAAAGAAGGAGAUCCCCUUGUGAUGCUUGGAUAUCCUUUCUCCAAGAAGGGUGAGGUUGACCUAGGAAGUUUCUUUGGCUCAGUGACCAACAGAGCUGCUCUUACUGGCAAGACGAAGGACGCUGAUCCAUCUGAAUAUUUUGAGCUUGUUCUGAGUGAUUACGACGGUGCUGGCGGCUCAUCAGGAGCACCUGUUUUCCGAUGUCAUGAAGGUAAAGUGGCGGGCAUUAGCGUUUGUGGUAGCAAAGAGGUGAUGUGCUUCGUUCCAGUGAGGGCGAUACACCGUGCCUUGAGAGGUACUAAGCAAGUAAGAGGAAGUCAGCUUGGAACAAACGCAAGCAUACGGCAGAUGCUUGAACGCAUUGCAUCGUGCGAGAGUUCUCCGAGCGUUGCAGGAGCAGGAGCAGCGGCAGGGUCAUCAGGCAGCGGUACGGCGCCCAGCCGAGGUGUAGGGCGCUGAAGCGAGGGAGGGCGCGUGUACACGCUCGGAACUUUGCAGACCGGGAUCGGUCAUCAAGGGCUGCCCUUCGAUAUUUACUGGACCGAUCCUGGUGAAGGAAAAAAUUCAGUUCUACGUACCCUUGUCUUCUCGUACUAUAUCGGUUUAUCCUAGUGCAUGUUCUCGUACUUUCAUCCUAGCUAGCUAGUGUGUUGCAUCAUGCAUAGACUAACCUUAAUUUGUUGGUGUGGCUUGUCAUAAUGUACGAACUCCUUAAACUAGUAGUCGAAUACUCUAUGAUUUAGCUUGCUUGCCUUUCCUGUAUAAGAUGGGAGUUGUUGUGGAGACUAGAUGAUUAGUUA